AUGACCGAACCAGUACGUAGAGAAUUGCGGAUUUCACAUCCUCCCUUAGAACCCAUAGUUCGGGAUGGAAAGAUCCGCGAACAAAUCGAGCUGGAAAGCAAGGGCCGCCGGGAGUAUUUGAAAAAGUGGGGCUACAUAACGCAACCCGAAACGACCGAGUACUACGACCUGAAACGCAACAACCAGAAGCUGCGUGAGAUACAGCAGGCCCGGCAGCAAAAUGUCAACCUGCGCGAAUACGACGGCCACGGGGAGUCGUUUUUCGUCUCGAAGCAGAUGUUUAAAACGCUGCUCGAUACGUGCCGGUGUGGCCGGAAGCGUACCAACACGCACGCACUGAAGUGUUUGCAAAAGCCGAAAAAUACCUACGAAAAGACGGACGACGAGGAGGAGGACGAGGAGAUGGAAAAGCAGCGCAAGAAACGCGAGGGAAAACGUGGAAUGGGCGGCGGUUCGGCGGGUGGCGGUCGGCGGGAACAGGACAGUGUGGUUGAUGCGGGAGAGCCAACCGUAAGCAGCUACAUACCGAAGGUGCCUACGUUGAGUUCAGGUAUGUACGGAUGGCCCCACAAUCGUUUUGUGGCGAUGGAAAAGACUACGUACUACGUUUCGCCCCGGUACACUAUGCCUGGUCACCCGAUCGUCGACAGUCACCCGUACAACAACAUUAUCCUCGGAUAG